AUGGAUGCCAGGUGGGAUAUGGAUGCCACGUGUGAUGUUUACAGCCUGCCACGUGUCAUCUGGAAGAAGAACACGCCGUUCCUCUACGACCUCGUCAUCACGCACGCGCUCGAAUGGCCGUCGCUCACCGUGCAAUGGAUGCCAGAACGGCAGGAACCAGCAGGGAAGGAUUACUCGGUGCAACGGAUGGUGCUGGGAACGCACACGUCGGACAACGAGCAGAACUACCUCAUGCUCGUGGACGUGCAGCUGCCCCUGGACGACACCGAGACGGACGCGCGCCAGUAUGAUGAGCAGCGCAGUGACGUUGGGGGAUUUGGUGCUGGGUGCGCCAAGUGGGAGGGGGGAGGUGGGGGAUGGGAGAGGGCGGACGUGCAGUUGCCUCUGGACGACACAGAGACGGACGCCCGGCAGUACGACGAGCAGAACUACCUCAUGCUCGUGGACGUGCAACUGCCUCUGGACGACACAGAGACGGACGCCCAGCAGUACGACGAGCAGAGGAGCGACAUUGGCGGGUUCGGUGCUGGGAGCGCCAAGGUGGGAAGGGGGGAAGGGUGCGUGGGGAGACGGGUAGGAGGGGCAGGGGGGGCAAACGAGCAGAACUACCUCAUGCCCGUGGACGUGCGACUGCCUCUGGACGACUCAGAGACGGACGCGCGGCAGUACGGCGAGCAGAGGAGCGACGUUGGCGGGUUCGGUGCUGGGUGCGCCAAGGUGGGGAGGAGGAGGGGGAGGGGUGUGGAGUUUUGCGCGUGGGGGUGUGUCAAGAUCCGUGAGGGGGAGUGGGGCAAAGUGGGGAGGGGUGGUAAGAUGGAGGAUUCAGCGCCGGGUGCGCUAAGGUGGGGAGCUCGUCUGUAUCCUUACAGGGGCCUACGUUUUGUGCUUCUAUUUGCUAGCCAUUGCACCCCCAACCCCUCUUUUUUCCCUCCCUUCCUUCCCGCCCCUUCUCCUCCGCCCCUCACACUCAUUCUCACACCACCGCAGGUGCAAGUGGUGCAGCAGAUCAACCACGAGGGCGAGGUGCAAGUGGUGCAGCAGAUCAACCACGAGGGCGAGGUGAACCGAGCGCGCUACAUGCCGCAGAACCCCUUCCUCAUCGCCACCAAGACCGUCUCUGCCGAGAUUACCCUUGUUCCGCCUCCCCUGCACCGCCUCCUCUGCUGCCUUCCCUCCCUCCCCUGGCCCCGGCCCACAGGAGGGCACGUGCGAUCCGGAUCUGCGCCUGAGGAGUCACAAGGCGGAGGGGUACGGGCUGUCCUGAAGCCCCUUCCGCGUUCUCUUACCAACCCUCUGCUACCUUCCCUCCCUCCGCCUCCCCUGCCCCCGCUCCACAUCCACAGACGGAGGGGUAGGGGCCGUCCUGGAGUCCCUUCCGCGCCCACCUACCCACCCUCUGCUCUCUUGCUCCGCCUCCCCUCCCCUGGCCCCGGCCCACAGGUAUUCGUGUUCGAUUACAGCCGGCACCCAUCAAAACCCCCGCAGGAGGGCACAUGCAACCCCGACCUGCGCCUGAGGGGCCACAAGACGGAGGGGUACGGGCUGUCCUGGAGCCCCUUUCGAGCCGGGCACCUGCUGAGCGGGUCAGACGACAUGCAGAUCUGCGUGUGGGACAUCGGCGCGGCCACUAAGGCGAACAAAGUGGUGGAGGCGAAACACGUGUUUCGGGUGGGUUGGGAGGGGUGGGGAGGGGUUGUGAGGGGGCCACCUGCUGAGCGGAUCAGAUGUCAUGCUGAUCGGGCUGCUAUUAAAGCCAACAUAAGUGGAUGCUCUGCUGCUGCUGCUCUGGCACCUGCGCUCCCCCUCCCUCCCCACCCACGCACUCUUGCACACACGGGGGUGGUGGAGGACGUGGCGUGGCACUGCCGGCACGAGUACCUGUUUGGGUCCGCACACACGGGGGUUGUUGAAGACGUGGCAUGGCACUGCCGGCACGAGUACCUGUUUGGGUCCGUGGGGGACGACCAGCAGCUGCUGCUCUGGGACCUGCGCUCCUCCGCUGUUGACAAACCCGCGCACGCGGUUACCGCACAUCCUGCCGAGGUGAACUGUCUGUCGUUCAAUCCGUUCAACGAGUGGGUGCUGGUGACAGGCUCGGCUGAUAAGACAGUGGCUCUGCAUGACAUUCGGAACCUCUCUAGGCGCCUGCACACAUUUGUUCAACACACGUGA